AUGAAGAAGUCCGACAGUAAUCUGCCAAAAGUUCAGGAGGAUCUUGUGCCAGAUUCUCAGUCUCAAACUGUCAACCUUGUCGUAGCACGCCACCUCAAGGUCCUCGUUCCUCUUUCACCGCCGGAGUCUCGUCAUCAGAAAUUUGGCCCGGCCGGCACUAAUCUCACCGGCCCAACUGCUAGAGACGCGGCGGAAAACUUAAUUUGGUUUCCGCCAGAGCCCGUUUUGGAUCUGGCGCGCAUCGCCGUCGAUUCCGGUGGUGAUCCUGCUGCCAUUCAACGCGCUCUUGACCCAACCACCAUUCCAGUACCUGAUGUUGAAGGAUCAAACAAAAACCGCUGUCAACUCACCAGAACUCCAUAUGGCAGACACUUCAUUUCUCAGGAGUUGAACCUGUUUCUUAAGUUUUUGUUUGAACUCAUUGCUGAUCGUGGCCCCUCUGGUGGAUUCAAGGUUAGCUUGAACCAGUUUGAUUUGUUCCACGAUUACAUGUUUCUGGCAGUGGACACUGUUCAAGAGCACAAUUAUCUCCGUGCACUUAUUUUACAAAUUGGAAACACAAUUUGCAAACUCCCUAGUGGUCGUCUCAAGCCAGGAGAGAAUGCAUCUGCACCUGCUGCCAUUAAACAAUUAAAAUCUGCAGGAAAGGUUGAAAACAAGAGGAGGUAG